GGCACUUUGAUAUUGGUUAUUGGCUAAGUUGUAAUUAAAUAAGAAUUUAUCUCGAAUAUCAAAAUGAAGUAUAAAUCGUUACUAGUAUUUUCGAUUCUUCUAACUUAUUACCAAAGUGAUGCUCAAAAUCGUGCAAAAGGACUUGAAGAAAAAGUUCAGCAAUUGACGGAUUUAACUGCAAAGAAGUCAAUAAUACCCUUAAAUUUUAACAAAUUCAAGGAAUAUGUGAAGUCACCACCAAAGGAUUAUUCUUUCGUAGUCAUGUUUACAGCUAUGGCUCCAUCACGACGGUGUGCUAUUUGCCAACACGUAUUUGACGAAUAUUUGAUCGUUGCUAACUCAUUCAGAUUCUCGCAAUUGAACAACAACAAACUCUUCUUUGGUAUAGUUGAUUUUGAUGAGGGAUCUGAUGUUUUCCAAAUGCUUCGUCUAAACACUGCUCCAGUGAUUAUGCACUUCCCGGCAAAAGGCAAGCCAAAACCAGCGGACUCCAUGGACUUUGAGAGAGCUGGUAUUCAUGCAGAGGCUAUUGCUAAAUGGAUCCAGGAUAGGACUGAUAUUCAGGUUAUUAAUUUCAAUAGACAUUUUAUAUUACAAGUUUUUAUAUUCAGAAGGCAUACACUUUUUUAACCUAUCUAUAUCCAAGGUAAUGGUAGCAAUCUUUGUUCUUUUUUUAACCAACUUCAAAAAAGGAGGAGGUACGCAAUCCGACUGUAACCGAUUUUAAUGAUUCUUUUUUUAUUUGAAAACCGGUGGUUCUCAUGUGGUCUCAUAUAAAUUUUAUCAAGAUCUGACCAGUAGUUAUCAUUAAUAAUAAUAAUGCAUAUUUAUUAUUUAAUUGACUUAGACUACCUUAUGAUGUUCUCAUUUUAUUUAUAUUGAAGUUGGUUGUACUAAAUUUUUAAUUUUACCACUUGUUGUAUGUAUAUUACGUGAUAAUUUUACCAAUUGUGAACCAAUUUUAAUGAGUAAUUUUUAUUUUUGAAAAACUUGGUGUUUUGUAUGGUGAAUGUAACCAUACAAAACAGCAACAUUAAACUGUUUCCCGACGACAACCAGUGCGUGUUGUCAGUGAUGACUUAUGGAACUGAGACUUGGUCCUUCACUGCUGGCCGUAUGAGGAAGCUCAAGGUCAGUCAGCGAGAUAUGUAGAGGGCUAUGCACGGGGUUUCUCUGGGUGAUUAAUUUAGAAAUGAGGAUAUCCGCAGUAGAACCAGUAACCGACAUAGCCCAACAAAUUAGUAAGCUGAAGUGGCAAUGAGCCGGCCAUAUAGCUACAAACCACACACUGUUCUACUGAGACCUAACAAGAAUGGAAUAGGAUUAUUUUUCUUACUCAAGAACUCCUUUGACACAGACGAAAAAAUUAUCAUCGCUCGGAGAAAAUUCGAGUGCGAGAAUGAGACGAAAAGUAUUCAUAAUCACUUUUUUUGUGUGUUCUCGGGGCUUCUUUGCGAUCGUCAAUUUGUCAAGCGUGACGAUUUAGACUAAUCUUACCUACAAGGGUGAAGGCCCGUGGAAUUUAACGUGUCGAUAAAAAAACGAUAAGACAUUAAAAAAUUUAAUUUGCAAAAUAAUUACAGAUCAGAGUCUUCCGUCCACCAAACUACUCAGGGGCUUUUGCUUUUUCGACGCUUGUCAUCCUCGCCGGCGUGUUCUUAUACAUUAGACGCAAGAACUUGGAAUUCCUUUACAACAAACAGAUGUGGGCGGUCGCGGCGGUGUUCUUUUGUUUCACCAUGGUGUCUGGUCAGAUGUGGAAUCAGAUUAGGGGGCCUCCGUUUUAUCAUAGAUCUAAGAAUGGACCAGUUUAUAUCAACGGAGGAUCCCACGGACAGUUUGUGCUGGAGAGUUACAUUGUAGCCAUUCUGAGUAUCCUUUAAUAGUUUGAACUUUGUGGCAUUGUGAUAUUAUUUUUUGUGAUGGGUUCAUGUGUUGUUCCAUAUUGUUCUGUUAUAUUAUCUUGACGACAUUAGUAUUACGAUAAUUUAUUAACAGGUAUAGUCUGUUCACUAAGAUACAGAUACUGGUACACCCGGAGGCGCACUUAUAUUUUCCUUUUAUUUUAUAAUUUUUAUUGUAUUUGUUAAAUAAAUAUUUUUAUAUUCUAAAAAUAAAAUAGAAUACUAUUUUAUUCCUAUGGUUGUUGCAAUCAAAUACGAAUAUAAAUAAUAAACACAAGCUAGGUUGCAAAGAGCCAAAUUCUCCUGCGGGUGUACCUUUAAAGUCGCGACGGCACCUUUGAUGUGGCACGUGCCAAGGCGUCGCGACACAAAGGCGACUUCGGAGUAAAAAAAAACAAGAAGAAAACGUAUAAUUUGUACCAAGAACCACUGUCGCCAAACUCACACAUUCGCAAGAAAGAAUGAUUUGAUGAGCAAUGAAGAUGAGCCACACGCAAGUGUGAGUAACGAUCCAAGAGCGAGUCUUAUUCGACACUAUUCCGAAGAUAUCCCGGAUGUCAGUCUGAGCGAGAUUAGAAUGGCUCUCCAGCAUCUUAAAAAUGGCAAGGCCCCAGGCGAGGAUGGAAUUACAGCGGAGCUUCUGAAAGCGGGUGGAAAACCGGUACUUAAAGUCCUUCAGAAGCUCUUUAACUCCUCCAUGAUGGCAUUACACCGGAGGCGUGGGGCAGAAGUGCGGUGGUCUUGUUCUUCAAGAAAGGUGACAACUCUCUCUUGAAGAACGACAGACCGAUUUACCUUCUGAGCCGCGUCUACGUGCUGUUUUCGAGAGUCAUUGCGAAUCGUCUCGCGCGCAGACUUGACGACUUCCAGCCUCUCGAACAAGCCGGUUUCCGAAAGGGCUUUAGCACCAUAGACCACAUACAUACCCUUCGGCAAGUUGUACAGAAGUCCGAGGAGUACAAUUUGCUACUAUGCCUGGCGUAUGUGGACUAUGAGAAAGCCUUUGAUUCCGUCGAAAUUUGGGCGGUGCUGCAGUCCCUUCAGCGGUGCCAAAUUGACUGUCGGUAUAUCCAAGUGCUGAAGUGCUUGUACAGUAGGGCUACGAUGGCUAUCCGAGUACAGAACCAGAGUACGAAACCUAUCCAAUUGCAGAGAGGUGUAAGACAGGGUGAUGUUAUAUCCCCGAAACUUCACCGCUGCAUUGGAAGACGUUUUCAAGCUUCUAGACUGGAACGGAUACGGUAUUAACAUCAAUGGCGAGUACAUCACUCACCUUCGAUUUGCCGACGAUAUAGUCCUUAUGGCAGAAUCGCUGGAGGAUCUAAGCACCAUGCUCAAUGACCUCAAUAGUGUCUCCCAAAGGAUAGGUCUUAAGAUGAACAUGGACAAAACAAAGAUCAUGUUCCAUGUCCAUAUCACACCUAUGCCGGUAGUUGUUGGGAGCACUAAGCUCGAAGUUGUUGACGAGUAUGUUUACCUGGGACAAAUAGUCCGACUAGGUAAGUCCAACUUCGGCCGAGAGGUCAAUCGACUGAUUCAACUCGGCUGGGCAGCGUUCGGGAAACUACGACACAUCUUCUCGUCAGACAUUCCUUAAAACCUUAAAACGAAAUUAUACAAACAGUGCGUGUUGCCAGUGAAGACUUAUGGAACUGAGACUUGGUCCUUCACUGCUGGCCGUAUGAGGAAGCUCAAGGUCAGUCAGCGAGAUAUGUAGAGGGCUAUGCACGGGGUUUCUCUGGGUGAUUAACUUAGAAAUGAGGAUAUCCGCAGUAGAACCAGUAACCGACAUAGCCCAACGGAUUAGUAAGCUGAAGUGGCAGUGGGCCGACCAUAGCUCGAAGAACCGACAAGCGAUGGGAAGAAAGGUUCUUGAGUGGCAGCCUCGUACCGGUAGGCGAAGUGUAGGGCGACCCCCCACGAGAUGGAGUGACGACCUGGUAAGACAUGCAGGAAGUCGAUGGAUGCAGAUGGCUCAGGACCGUGCUUUGUGGCAUUCCUUGGGGGAGGCCUAUGUUCAGCAGUGCACUUAUGAAAGGCUGUAAUGAUGAUGAUGAUGAUUAGAUAUCAUUAUGUCUUAAUCC